AUAGACGGAUGAGAAGACUAUAAAUGCAGCAGGCACUGUGCUGACCAGCUUUCUGAAGUAGGACACUAGCAAGAACACACAAAAUGGCAAAUGAAAUAUCUGUUAUCAUCGUGGGAGCUGUGUUCCUGGUUGUGUUGCUAUUGAUGGUACUGAUUUGCACUUCUGGUCAGAGAGAGAAGAAGAAAAACCACAAGGGAAAAGUUGAAUCUAGACUGCUGAAGUAUCUCUAUCAGUUCCUUCCCUGCUCCUCGCCUCCUUCCCUCCCAGGUCCUCCCAGCCUUUUCCUCAUUGGCAACAUGAUGGAGCUGACACGCGAUCAUCUGCCAAUUCACCUGACCAAUCUGGCACAGCAGUACGGAAACAUCUACCGCCUUAAAUGUGGAAACACAACCAUGGUGGUACUUAACAGUAGUAAAGUCAUAAGAGAAGCACUGGUGAAAAAAUGGUCAGACUUUGCUGGGAGACCAGUUUCAUACACAGCUGACAUUGUGUCUGGGGGAGGGCGCACAAUAUCCCUGGGGGACUACAAUGAGGAGUGGAGGGCACAUCGUCGUCUCGUCCACAGUGCUUUGCAGCGUUGCUGCCAGCAGUCAUUGCAUGACGUGAUUGAGAGACAGGCACUGCAUCUGAGAGAGGUUUUGAUGGACUAUCAAGGCAGUGCUGUAGAUCUCUCAGAGGAUUUCACAGUGGCCGCCAGUAAUGUCAUUACCACUUUGGCUUUUGGAAAAGAAUAUGAUAAGAGUUCUUUGGAGCUGCAGCAGCUGCACAGCUGCCUGAACGAGAUUGUCGCUCUGUGGGGCUCCUCUUGGAUUUCUGCUCUGGACUCCUUCCCACUGCUCAGAAAAUUACCCAAUCCUGUGUUUUCCCGUCUCCUGAAAGAGGUGGCCAGGAGAGAUGAAAUCAUAAGAAAACAUCUCAACAAUUACAAGCUGUCACAAGACAACAAAAACAAGUAUGCCAUCACAGGAUCACUCCUUGAGGGCCUUGACAAACAUCGGAACACAGAACAUGGUGUACUGACAGAUAUUCACGUUCACAUGGCCACUGUGGACCUUCUCAUCGGGGGAACAGAGACCACUGCAGCCUGGCUGAACUGGACUGUGGCCUUCCUAUUGCACAGACCAGAGGUGCAGGCCAAGGUGUACGAGGAGUUGUGCAGGGUACUUGAGGGACGAUACCCCAAGUACAGUGACAGACACAGACUUCCCGUUCUGUGUUCUCUGAUCCAUGAGGUGCUCAGACUCAGGCCAGUUGCCCCGCUGGCGGUGCCACACAGAGCCAUCAGAGACAGCAGUAUUGCAGGCUACUUCAUCCCCAGGAACACAGUCAUCAUUCCUAAUCUUUUUGGAGCUCACCAUGAUCCUGCAGUUUGGACUGACCCAUACAGCUUCAAACCAGAGCGCUUUUUGGAAGGGGGAGGAGGCUCCACCCGCGCCCUGGUCCCUUUUGGAGGGGGGGCUCGGCUCUGCCUGGGAGAGUCUGUUGCCAAAAUGGAGCUCUUUCUGUUCACUGCCUACUUGCUGAGAGAUUUCCAGUUCAUCCCUCCUGAGAGCGAGGCCUCUCUGCCCGACCUAAAAGGAGUUGCUAGUGUUGUACUCAAGAUCAAGUCUUACACAGUUAUAGCACAUCCCAGACGUGACUAAUCCUUGAACCACAGAGGGUGUACUGCUUUAAUGUUGUGUGUUUAUUUGUGCGCAAAUAAAUUAUUCAAAAAAAACUUUACCAUAUAAAAAUAAUAACAUAACCUUCAUAUGUAUGAUUUUCAUUGGUACUCCUUUACAUUUACCUGUAGUAUUGGAUAUCCUGAUUAAAAUAGUCUUUAAAUUUG